GAUAAGUAAAAUAAAAAUCUCAGAGCAGGGAGUUUUCACCAGAGAAAACGCUCACUUUAGACUUUUCUUGUGUCUGUCAAAUGGGCAGCUCUGGAUUUGAUCAGCUGGAGCAAUCGCCUCUUAUUAGAAAUGAGCAUGCCAGGAAGAAAUACGGAGAUCUUCAAGAGUCCACGAAUGCAGUGCACAGAUCUGAAACUAACGAAACCUCGUCGUCUGUAUCACCAAUAACUGAUGCAGAACGAGGACAACCUGAGGAAGAGGAAGAGGAUUUGAAGGACCUUUUGCAAGUAGUGAAAGAGACCGUGCCAUUGCACGAUGAUCCAACCAUACCUGUUUUGACAUUCAGGUUUUUUAUUCUCUCCUUUCUUUUCAUUGUUCCCGGAGCGUUUAUUGACACUCUUAAUAAUUUCCGGACAACGGCCGCGGCUUACUCGAUCUUCUUCGUACAGAUUGCGGCUCACCCCGCUGGAGAAUGGAUGGCGCGUACGCUCCCCAAAAAACAAGUGAAUCUUUAUUUCUUUUCUUUUAACCUCAAUCCAGGGCCAUGGUCUAUUAAGGAAACCGCACUAAUAACCGUGGCAGCGAAAAGUGGUGCUACAGGCAACUUGGCUACGAAUGCGUUAGCAUUGGUGGAGCUUUAUUUUGGCACCAAAGUGCCUCCUCCGCUUGCCAUUUUGUUCAUGUGGUCAAUUGUUUUCAUUGGCUACUCAUAUGCUGCCAUUGCUAAAAACGUAGUUAGCUACGAUCCUCAAUUUCAAUGGCCGCAGUCGCUAAUGCAGACUGCACUUCUUCAGAGUCAGGCAAAAGACAGUGAAGAAAAGCACAAAAAAGCUUCAGAAAUUGAAGCACAAGCCAAUGAGCUUGGUGAUGAACGAGCAAGUCUCUUGAAAAAGCAAAAUGGUGAUAAUUUUCCUGAUACCAGCGGACAUUCUCAAAUGACGGUGUUUUUCGUAUGCGCUUUUGCACUUGCAGUAUGGCAAUUGCUUCCCGAGUAUUUCUUUCCUUUAACCUCCUCGGUCGCGAUUCUUUGCUACAUCGCCCCUCGUAACCACAACGUCAACUUUAUCGGGUCAGGUUUGGGUGGAAUGGGCUUUCUUAAUCUUUCAUUUGAUUGGGCAAACAUCACUUCGCAGGUCAUGUUAAUUCCUUAUUGGGUACAAGUUAUUCAAUUCAUGGGAUUUGUAAUAGGGGCUUGGAUUCUCCUCCCACUUGCAAAAUGGACGCUGUUGUUCCCCUUCCAAUAUGGGUUGAUGUCGAACCGAUUAUUUACAGAAACAGGGGAAAUUUAUCCCACAGAACAGCUAAUGAAUAAUGAUGGAACAUUCAAUGAAACAGCAUACGAAUCAUACGGUCCUGUGCAUUUAGGAUCACAAAGAGCAUGGAACAUGUUUUUUGACUACGCUGCAUAUGUAUCUGGAGUGGUAUGGGUGGUUGCAUUUGCCUGGAACAAAUUGCAGGAGAGCUGGAAUGGCACUCGGGGCCAGUACAACGAUCGUCUCAACAAACUUCACCGCGCUUAUGACAACGUGCCUUACUCGUGGUAUGGAACGAUGUUUUGCAUUUCCAUGUGCGCUUUGGCUUUAAUCCAUCAAUGUGGUUACUUGUUCACUCCAUUGUGGACUUGUAUUGGAGCUCUUAUAAUGGGGUCUAUAAUUGUUACUCCUUUGAUGUGGUUGUAUGCUUUGUCCAAUUUCCAGCUUCCAACUGGAACGUUCAACGAACUACUUUAUGGCUACAUUGUGCAAAACAAAAGCCCGAAACACCCCGGAGGGGCUGCUUUUUUCGGCUGUAUAGCGGGAAACGCCUGGUACCGUGCCCAGAUUCAUUUAGAGCUGAUGAAACUAGGAUUCUAUAACCAUUUACCGCCCAAAUCAGUUUUCUUCGCACAGAUCAUGGGAGAAUUCAUUGGAGUUCCGGUAAAUUAUAUGUCUUUCCGAUGGGUUUUAUCCACAAAAUGGGAUUACCUAGUUGGGAAAAAGACAGACCCACUUCACCAGUGGACGGGACAAACAGUGGUUUCCUAUCACACCAACGCCAUUCUCUAUGUUGUUUUAGGGCCUCGGAGGCUUUUCCUGAAAUACCCUGCCCUUCCAUAUGGAUUUCUAGCGGGGCUUUUCGCUCCUUUAGUUGUUUUCUGCCUUCACAAGAGGUUUCCACGAAGCAAACUUAACUUCCAGCUUUGGAACACAACAGUGUUAUUUUCCACACUUAGCACAUUCUACGGAAAUGUAUCAACAGGAUUUCUUUCCAAGUUUAUUGGAGGAACUUUCACCAUGUUCUAUGCGUAUAGACACAAGCAUGCCCUUUGGAAAAAGUACAACUAUGUGGUUGCUGCUGCGUUGGACACCGGGUUCAACUUGUCGAUGUCCUUCAUAUUUAUUUUGGUUUCUUUGGGGAUCAACGCCCCAGUAUGGUUUGGAAAUAACCCCCAAAAUGUUGAGCGAUGCUUUGCUUUAUGAUUAAAUUUCUCAAUUUAGAACCUGAGUGUUUUAUUUGGUAAUGUGCCUUACCUUUUAAGUGGCGACAGCACAUGACCGAGCCCCCUAUAUACAUGUGAACAGUCUGUUCCCAAUGACCGAGUACAAAUAACAACUGUUCUGGCAUUGAAAGAUUUAUGGACAGUAGACGGUCUGAGAUACAUCACAACGUCCUGACAGCAUUAGUUAGAUUCUAGAAUAUUUACCACCCGACUAAGUUUUUUUUAUUGAAAAUGAGACAAACCAAGUCUGAGCGUUGGUCUGUGGGUGUUUUCAUAAACAUCAGUGAGUCACUAGUUUGAGAUUCUUUAAUGAAUGUGAACAUGUAUUAACUUUGAUUACUGUGACUUUCUAGCUCAGGUGAAGCAUUGGUUUUGUUUUUCCGAGAACACAACGAACGAAUAAAAUAAUUUCUUUGGAGAUUCGAAGGAAG